GGGCCACAUCUAUUAUUUCACGUUUUUCCGCCGCAAAUUUUAUCAAACGCGUCGAACGGAAGCGAGCCGAUGCGCACAUCUCGCCGCAUCCCGUUUCUCUCCUCAGCCAAUCGCCUCCGACCUCCGACCAACGGACCUCCAUAGAACUCCCUCAGUCUCGAACUGGCGGCCGACCCGAGCAGACGUGCGCUCGGUCAGUGAUCCAACUACUCGCGAGCUUUCGAAUAUCUUACCUGUGGAUUGUCAGUGACAUGUGCUCUUAAGAAACCUUUUGUGUGUGACCUCUGGAUUCCCCCAAAAAUCAAUUUUCCCAACUCAUCCUCAAUCACACCAGGAUAUAAAUCAAGAGUGAGGUUCCACUUUCAUCGAGUCAAGUAUACGGUGUCACAGUAGUCAGAGGUAUCGCAUCGGGAUCGUCGUCGGUUAUAUCGGUUUUCUCGGUCAGGAGUCUCUGCUGGAAUAAAAAGAUCUCAAUUUCAAGAACAUGGACGAGAAAUGUCGACUGAGUCGGAAAUGAAACAGAAAACUAGGAAGAAAAUUGUAAAACUUUGGCACGGCGAGACGACGUUAUAGCCGGGCACCUUCUUAAAGCCAUGUGAAGUGAAGGGGUCCCGAAGAAACUGUCAUAUCUAAAAGGCAUAUCGUGCGACAAUCUGACUAAAGACAUAUCUUUUUAUUUAUGCUAGUCACCUUUUUGUGAUAGUUAGUAAAAUUGCUCAAAUUAAACUCUAAGCUAAAUAAGGAGAUGUUGAGAUUGAACUGACGAUAUUGAGAAAGUUGUAAACGAAGUUGAGGAUAAUGAAAUUCACGAUGGUUUUCUUAAGACGGAGGACGUUGAUUUUGAAAGCCGUGCUGGUGUUGACGGCGGUGUGGUUCAUGGUUGCUUUGUUGACCACAAAUGGUGGGACACGGAACGCUAUUGGCGCUCCGCCGAUUGAGUACGAAGAUCCGGAGGCGAAGCCGUUAAAGAUGGCAAAGCCGACGUCUACGAAACGAAAGAGCGAAUCGUAUGGCAACAAUCUGUCUGACGAACAUCGUGCUGUCAAUUGGAUCGAUCGGAUAUCUGGUUUUGAAGGCUUAGGUGUACUAGCUGCCCCUGGCUCGGACAAUGCUCCCGGCGAACUCGGCAAACCGGUCGUGCUACCCAAGAAUAUAAGCGAGGAUACGAAGACAGCCGUCUCUGAGGGAUGGAAAAAGAACGCUUUCAAUCAGUAUGUCAGCGACCUCAUAUCGAUCCGGAGGAAACUGCCCGACCCCAGGGACGAGUGGUGUAAACUCCCGGGUCGAUAUCUUAGCAACCUUCCGCAGACGUCUGUGGUGAUCUGUUUCCACAAUGAAGCGUGGUCUGUACUGCUCAGGACAGUGCACUCCGUUUUGGACAGGUCGCCUGCUCAUCUGAUAAAGGAAAUCAUCCUCGUCGAUGACUUUUCUGAUAUGCCACAUCUGAUGCAGCAAUUAGAUGAUUACAUGUCCUCGCUGCCGAAAGUUAGGAUAGUGAGGGCGGCGCGGCGGGAAGGACUCAUUAGAGCUAGAUUGCUCGGGGCACGAUACGUUACCGCUCCUGUUCUAACGUAUCUAGAUAGCCACUGCGAGUGCACAGAGGGUUGGCUUGAACCGCUGCUGGACAGAAUUGCACGAAACAAAACAACAGUGGUUUGCCCCGUCAUCGAUGUGAUCGAUGAUAACACAUUAGAGUAUCAUUAUAGAGACUCAUCAUCAGUCAAUGUAGGUGGGUUUGACUGGAACCUGCAGUUCAAUUGGCACCCCGUACCAUCAAGAGAGCGAGCGAGACACCAACAUACGGCAGAGCCGGUCUGGUCUCCGACUAUGGCUGGUGGUCUCUUCGCCAUAGACAAGGAGUUCUUUGAGAAGCUGGGAACGUAUGACAGCGGCUUCGAUAUCUGGGGUGGGGAGAAUCUAGAACUUUCCUUCAAGACGUGGAUGUGCGGUGGAACGCUUGAAAUUGUUCCGUGUUCGCACGUCGGUCAUAUCUUCAGGAAGCGUUCGCCCUACAAGUGGCGAACUGGUGUGAAUGUAUUGAAGAAGAAUUCCGUGCGGUUAGCUGAGGUUUGGCUGGAUGACUACGCGAAGUAUUACUAUCAGCGUGUAGGUAAUGACAAAGGAAACUAUGGAGACGUAAGUGGCAGGAAAGCGCUGAGGGAGAAGCUUGGUUGCAAAUCUUUUGAAUGGUACUUGAAGAAUAUUUAUCCUGAACUCUUCAUUCCUGGAGAAUCAGUCGCUCAUGGCGAGAUCCGAAAUGUCGCCUUCCAAAAGAUAUGUUUGGACUCCCCGACGCGCAAGUCGGAUCAUCAUAAACCCGUCGGCCUAUACCCGUGUCACCGACAAGGAGGAAAUCAGUACUGGAUGUAUUCCAAGAACGGUGAGAUCAGGCGUGACGAAACGUGUCUGGAUUAUUCUGGACAUGAUGUGGUCCUGUACCCUUGCCACGGCGCCAAAGGCAACCAGCUGUGGUUGUAUGACCCUAUUACGAAGCUCCUGAAGCACGGUUCCAGCGAGAAGUGCAUGGCGAUAUCCCCCAAUAAGGACAAAGUGGUGAUGGAGACGUGCAACGAGUCUGAAACCCGUCAGAUGUGGAACAUGGAGAACUUCAACCCUGACAGACUGACCCCAGAGCUAACGGCCGAGUAGCCGGAGGCCUACGAUGAGGUCCUCUUCAUAUAAUACGAGAGAAAGACUCAUUUGAAAUUACCAAACUCGAAGUGAAGUGAAGUGACUUGUGAGUUUCUACAAAUAUUUUUUUCGGAUAAAACGUCUUUGUGCUGAUGUGGUGACGACGCGUUUCACUGCGCUGGUACGUAGGGUAAACGGUAGUGGGAGUUUUGUAAAUGUUGAUGCUCCUACAGUUUUGAAAAUUUUUGUAGAGUUUAAUGAAAUCAAGAAAAAAUCAGGCUUUUAAAAAGUAUAGUUGUGACCACUAUUUACCACCUGUGUGUAAGACGCUUUACAAGAGGCCAUGUAUGUAAUAAGGUUGUUACUGAAGAUUGAAACUUAGUUAAUGAAGGUAAUUUUAAAAUGCUUGUGUGUGUAGAUAUAAAUGGGGGUAGCUGAAAACUUAUUGAAUCACUUAAUGACCCCACUAUGGGCCUAAGUUUCAGAACUGAUUUUGAUGAUAAUAGAAAAACCCAAUAGUUCGACUUGUCUGUAUAAGUUCAAUGAAGUAGGACUGUAUAUUAUUUUUGAAAUAGUUUUAGCUUCACUUGAAAUCUAUAGUUUUAAAUUGUAUUUUGUUUUAUUCCAUUUGAGAAUUAUAUACCUUGUUUUCAUUUGGUAUUUUUAAAGUAGCUCAAACAAAUAAAUUUAAUUUUAAAUUGUAUUGUACCUAGUUAUUUUUUAGUCUUAAAAAUUUAAAAUUAAAUUUUAUUGAAAUUGACAUGACGAAUUUAAAAUUUAUUGUUUUGUUUUGUUUCAUUUGUCUAAGAUUUUAUUUUUAUAGCGUUUAUGCAAGGUUCUAAAAUAAUAAUCAUAUCUUUGUUGUAUAUUUUAAUGUAUGUUUAUGAGAAAAACUUUAGGAAACAUCACGUAAUAGUAUUUUUGUGAAGUAUUAAACACUUGUUUACUAUUAUUAAAUACUUCCCCUUGUACAUAUCCAAUCGUAUUAAAAUACAUAUUUGUCAGUAAAUCUUUUAUAAUAUCAUAUUUAUUACAGCUAAUAUUAAUAAUGCGGAUAAAGACUAGCUUUUACACAAUUAUUGUGAUUUAUUUAAAUUAGGUGAUAAAAUAGUCAUUCGGACAUAGUUGUUAGAAAAUUAAACUAGUUAAAUGUAAUGUACAUUUAUAAAUAGAUAGUGAUAAAAAUUUUAGAAAUCUGUUCGUUAUGGAAAACCUAUUGAAUAUAUUUUUUAUAUGACACACAGAAUUACAUGUGGGAUAGUUUGUUUAUUUUCAUUUCACACAUAAAAUGGAAUUUACGAAACUGUAAAAUUUUAAGUUACAUUUCUGGUAGUUUCAUCGAAAUGUGACAAAGUUUUCUGUAUAAGUUCACACGUAAACAUCAAAAUCUAAAAUUAAUUAAUCUUACAUCACGGUUUUCGAAAACCAAUUUACUAUAAAUAAAUAUGUAAGUAAAUAUAGAAUUGAGUACCUACCAGUACCAGCAUGUUCACUUAAAACAUUCCAAUGUGUGAUCUAAUUUUAAUAUAAAAUGUAUCAUAGAUUUAAAAGUAACUAUUUUGAUGAAACUGAUCAAUCUUCCAUUUUUAAUAAGUUUAAAACCAAAUUGUAUGAAUACUGUAAACUACAAUUCAUGCUUUGUUACAUAUCAACUUUACUAUCAUAUCACACAGGAAACAUAUUAUUCAACAAUACAUAUUAUUCGAAACAAUAUCAAAUGAAAAUGUUGACAUGUCAUGAGUAAAUAUUUUACAAAUUUUUCUGGGUUAAACUUGUUUGUAAGUUCCAUCUUCUUUACACAUCAUAAAAUAACUGCCAGAUAGUCUUCCUAGAAAUUCUUCUACUUUAAAAAAUAAAUAGUACAAAAUAAUUCUGUAUAGAAACAUCUCCGUUCUGCACUGAUUUUUCAAGAUUUACUUCUAUUUUACUGUCAUCCGUCAAAAAAUCUAACUGUUAUAGCAUGUAUGUAUAAUAUUGUGUUAAAGAGGUAUAUUUGAUAUUAUUGAUGUUUUAAUAAAAUAUUUUUAACUCAAUCAUAAUCACCCAACUACAAAACGUUAACCUAUUGAAAUAAAACCGAAAAAAGUAAGGAGCAGUUGCCUGUAUCAUUAUUUUUGUCUUAAUCCAAGUAUUUAGUAAUAAGUGCUCUUAAGUUCCUUGGGUCAAUGAAAUAUCCUUGCAUUUCAUGUAAAUACUGAUGUUCAUGUUUCAAAUAUUGUUAGUUAAUCUUAAAAAAUACUGUAACAAUAGGGGUCUUUGUAUUAAUGGCUACAAAAUGACGGAGCUGAUUCAUGAUGAUACUUUUUAUUACGACGAAUAGCCUAAAAUCUAAAUGCUCAAGGGCUUAAAAGGAAACAAGCACGUAUAGAAAUACAGCAAAAAGUUUAUUUUACAAAAUUGUGAAUUAGCCUCCAUCAAUCCUUGUAUUCGUAAACUAAAUGAAGUCGGUUAAAAUAGUAUUAAAACUUGUAUAGAAUCGUAGUUCUUAUUGUGUCGAGGUAGGACGUUUAAAUGUGCCUUAUAUCAUUACGUAGGUAAUUAUUAUAUAUUUGAAUGUUGAAAAUUUCUGUAUAUAAAGCGGUGUCUCCAUUGUAUUAUAAAUAGUAUGAUAGCGAAAUGUUAGACGGCGAUAAAGUAUAGUAUUUGUAAAAUAAAGCAUUAUGUUGGAUUUGUA